AUGUCAACACUCACUUUUGAGUCCCUCUGUUUAGAGGAUAAUGAUCCAUCCACGACAUUGAGACGAAGCUUGGAAGAGGAUUUUGACACAGACUUGGAUGAAAAAGAAGACAGAAACAAUAAGACAUCCAUAGCUGAUGUCUACCGACAAGCCUGCAAGCUGGUGGGUGCUGUUCCGGUCUCCUACUUCAUACGGAACCUCGACUCUCCCACCAUGACCCUCAGCCACCAUGGCCUUGGACCUUUGGGGUGCAAAGCACUCGCUAUUGCUUUGGUGAGUGAUACGCAUCUCAAUACUCUGGAACUGGCUGACAACUACAUACAAGCAGAGGGAGCCAAGGACCUGGCAGAGAUGCUGAAGGCUAAUUUCACCAUCCAGCAUUUGGACUUGUCCAACAACCAUCUUCUUUCUUCUGGAGCUGAGUAUGUAGGCAAAAUGUUGCUGGACAGCCUUUCGCUAAAAUCUAUCAAACUCUCAGGAAAUGGAUUUACAGACGAUGAUGCAAAGUAUUUUGUAGAAGCCUUUUCGAUUAAUUUAAGUAUUAAGGAGUUAGACCUCAGCCAUAAUAGGUUUUGUGGACGAGGAGGAGAGCAUCUAGGACUGUUGCUGGCAAGCAACGCGUGUCUGGAGGUGUUGAACCUUUGUUGGAAUCAACUCAGAAUGAAAGGAGCUGUUGCUCUAACUGCUGGACUCAAGGUGAAUACAAUGUUAAAGCACCUUGAUCUAUCGUGGAAUGGUUUUGGGAACGAGGGGGCCCUAGCAAUGGGUGAAGCUCUGAAAUUCAACAACACUCUGGUGCACCUCAACCUCAACAACAACCGCAUCACCAAUGAGGGUGUCAGCAUGCUCUGCAGGGGUCUUGAGUACAACGACACUCUCCGGGUUCUGAUGCUAUCUUACAAUUCACUAACAGUCGAGGGAGCACUGUCCCUGGUCAAUAUGGUAAAGAAAACGCCUAAAACUGCCUUGGAAGAGAUUAAUAUAUGUAGUGUGUUGGUCAAUGAAAACUUUUUACAUCUGCUGGAGGUGACAUGCAAAGAGCAUCCAAGUUUGGAUGUACAGUAUGGAGGGGUUGGAGGUUUUAUUGCCAAGAAACCAGUCAGACGGAUCGAUCCAAUGAAAGUCAUCCAGGACUAUCUGGAUCGACACAAGCUACGUUUGUGGGAUUUCUUCCGAAAUAUUGACAAAGAUGCCACCAUGCAAGUCCCUGUGGUUGAUUUCAGGAACGCAGUACAGCAAUCAAGUGUUCCCUUGGAUCGAUUCCAGAUUGAAGAGUUUAUCCAGAGGCUCGAUCGCGACAGGACAGGAAUGGUAGACUACAGGGGACUGGUAGAUACCAGGAAGCAGAUGAUGCAGAAUCACCGCCAACAUCUGCGCAAGAUCGCAUCCCGUCAGAAGAAAGAGAAGCUUAAGAGCGACCGCAUCCUCAAGACGUUCCAGAGCGCCGUGGAGGCAGUGACGCCACACGGCUCUGUGGUCAUAUCUCCAGGGGAUGCCAAAGAAGAGUCAGCUGGGCCCCAUCGCUUCUCCGCAACUCCUCUCAGCUCUUGGCACCACAUUGUGAUGUCAAACAGUGGCUGGUACACAGUCUCCAACCCCAGCAGUGACCACGUCCACCUGCCCAUGUUAGCAGGCGCGACGCCACCCCGUAUCACCAAGUCUUCAUAUUUGUACUCGCGUUCCCAACCUAACUUGCUGAUUACUUCUCCUCAAUCUGCCCAAGGCAGGUCCAUCCCUGCAUGGGCUGUAAAUUCCAAUCUCGAGAUGGGCCGCAACAAGAUUAAGCAACCAACUGUUAGCCACCUGACCAGGUCCAGACCUGCUCUUGAUAGCACGCUGCUUAGGAAUAAAGCAAAGAAAGGGAAAAAAGCUAAAGCAAAGAAAUUUGUGAAGAAGAACUCAAAGAAUAUGAACUCAUUUUAAAAAUGUAACUGAACGGAUACAGUAGGUCUCAAUAUUGGUGCAAUUUAUGUAGCUUGAGCACUGGAGGCUCUUUUACUAUCAAACAAACAUGUCGGAAUCAUUCUAUUUCAAUGUUUAUCUCAAAUAAGUCUGCUACGAAACCUGUGUUGCGAAACAAAUAAUAAGUAGCGGAAAUUACAAAUACUUUGUUACAGUACUUAAGUAGACUUUUUGGGUAGCGGUAAUUUAAAAUAAGUCAGAAAAAAAUAAGUAUUCAAUUUAUUUUUUCUGACAAUUGUUUACUUUUACUUCCAAAAUUUGAAAACAGAUAUCUGUACUUUCAACUCCUUCCUUUGUCAAAAUGAGCUGGUUACUAUUUUCAACCUCCACGGAUGACGUAGAGAGAUGUACUGUACAUUCAAUAGCGAUUAAGAUCUUGAGAUCUUCUAAGGCGGGAGGGACUACAGUGACGGAGGAAUGUAAACCAGGGAUCAUUACGACGAGGAUGCAAUAGAUUCGUAACUCAAGCUAUUUCCCAUUUGACCUUAUUUAACAGAUUUGUUUGAUGUUGUUGGCUCUAAGAAUGAUUGGCAAAUAAGGCUGUGUCUUGUGCCAGCCUAAACCACCAGCUUCUGGCAUUCAAAAGUUCUUUGUCUAAUCUGUAAAAUCACAUACAGGUUAAGUGUAUUUUUUCAUGCAUUAUUAUUAGCUAAUUGAGCUUAUUUUUUGUAAUUUUGUUUUCAGUUUUCGACAUUAGCAAUGCUAUGGUAACACAUUGUUUUGAUAGCAUAAAAGCCUGAGCUCAUGCUAGCUUGCUUUUGUUCUCAGUAUAAGCACACUAAAAGUUAAUAAAAGAGGGAAACUAUUCUGUGUGCAGAUAAGCUUUUUUAAUUUGUUUUCAUUGUGUCAAGUUAUCAAAACUGGUAUUGAUGCUAAAUAUUCAUUUUCACUUUUUUCUUUGGUACUGAAGUACAUUUCAGUUUCCCAUUUUACCAGCUUUAGGCUCCAUUCUCUGACCUGAAUUUCCCUUCAAAUGGUUUUCUUCUACUACUACUCCUUUCGACGUAAUUAGAAAUCAAAUAGUUCAGUCAACCUUUCGAAGUUGUACUCAAUGAGAAGCAUCAUAUGCAAACGUAAAGCAUUUACUUGGGAAAUCUGUCAGGUGUUGGACACACCCAACCAUAGGUACUGUGAAUGCUAAUGCCUGCAGAUCACGUCAAACUAAUGCCCUAAGAUUAAAUUAGUUCCUGUUUGCUGAAGAUAACGUCGUUACAUUUGGACCUGUAUCUGAGCAAACAAUGCUGUGAACUCGGACAGGUGGAACAUCCUCUUAAGAUGUUUAAAUGGGCUAUAUAAGCAUAGAAGGUUUGGGCCACUCUAUCAUUACCCAUCUGACUGUUGCAGAAUGAUUGUCCCUCUGUUUCCCUUCGCUCUACUAGGCUCUGCACUAGCCUGGGGGGUAAGUGUAUGACUUAAAUCAUCGUUUUUUUUUUGUUUUUUUUUAGAGUAUAUUUUUACCUCCAUCCACACAAUGUCACUGUGUUUCAGGGUUUGAACCAGUGGCGUGAACUAAGUGCAAAUAAUGAGGCAGGAAGUGGGGGUGCGGACUCAUGCACUUGCGAUGCCCUCUUGCCAAGUUCUACGUUUCUUGUGCAAGAUCUAGUGGUAGUGGAGCAGGCAGCUGAGCGGAUUUCCCACAAGCUGGAGCUGGAGAUGGGCAAGAUCGAGGACUAUGAGAGUGAGAUGACAGAAUAUGCAGAAAAGAUCAUUGAGCUGACAAGAGAAAUCGAGCUACUGGAGAAGAAACCGGAUGACAACAGUGAUGCCACUUUGGAGAGCAUUGAGGUGAAGAUUAAACAAGUGGAGGCUCA